AUGGCUGCCGUUGGUGCAGCUGCCGUGAACAGAGAGGCGAGUGAUCUGGAGACGGACCGCAUCGCCGUCCCUCCGGCCCAGUAUGUUUUUUUCCACGCCGGCACCGAGGCCGCUUUUCGCCGCAUCGCCGACCGGCCGACGUCCUUCACGGCCAUUCCAACCGUCGACCUAGCCGACCUAGAUAGCCAGUCGACGGAGGCGCGCCGCGUCGUGGCCCGGAACGUCGCCGACGCCUGCCGCCGCUGUGGCUUCUUCUAUGUGGAGAACCACGGGCUGUCGGCCGGGCUGAUCGACGACACGUUCAGCCUACUCGCCCGCUUCUUCGCCCUCGACCCGGCCGUCAAGAUGGAUGCCCACGUGCACAAGAACCCGGCGAUUCGCGGCUACGAGCCCGUGCGGGAGACCCGGCUGGACCCACGCACAGCCGGUGACGUCAAGGAGGCCUUUACCAUGGGCGACUGCGCCCUGGAGCCGGAGCAGGCGUAUACGGCCAAGACGGGCUGUCCACCGCCCGGCCAUCUGUCCCGCCCGCAGAAUCUCUGGCCGGCUGCCGCGCCUUGGUGGCGUGCCGGCCUGUAUCGCUACUACGGCGCUGUGCUGCCGCUCGCACUCCGGCUGGCACGCGUCUUCACGCUCGCCCUGGGCCUGCCUGAGUCUGCGCUGGACGACCAGUUCCGCUUCCCGAUCACGGGCUUGCGCGCGCUGUACUAUCCGCCGACAGAAGAUGCUGAGGUCGGGCUGGGGGCACAUGCUGAUUUUUCGUGGCUCACUCUUGUCCUCCAGGACGACGUCGCCGCCCUCGAGGUGCUCAGCCCCGACGGCGUCUGGGUCCAAGCCCCCCCUCGACCUGGCACGCUCGUCUGCAACGUCGGCCAGUACCUCGAGCGCCAAACCGGCGGCCUCUUCCCCGCUACGGUUCACCGUGUGCGCAACCGCACCGGCCGCGCUCGCUACUCGCUGCCGUUCUUCCUCACCAUGGACCCUGACGCGGUGGUGGACGUGCUCGACUGCUGUCGUCGCGACGACGCACCUAAACCGGCAGCCGAGCCGAUCAGCGCCGGUGACCUCUACAUUGGCCGCGUCCUGCCAGCACGGCCAAAACACCCGACCAGCAUCCGUUACGCCGACGUGCCGCAGGAGCAGUGGAGCUACAGCAUGCUGCUGUCGUAG